CCUGCAACAAGUGGUGAACAACACCAAUCCCACGCUGCGCUCCCUUAACAGGUACAGUACCGUACGUACUGUAAGUUACGUAUGUACAUACAUACAUACUCCGUACAUACUUCGUACAUACAUACAAUCUGCUCCAAACUGCCCCAACUGCUUCCGACCCCUCAACCCCGGCUCACCCCCAAUCUCGACCACCGUUCGGAAUUGCGCGUCGAGCACACACGGCUGCGCACCACCGCAACGAUGGCACCAAUAAACCCCGAUCUUCGGAAUGUCCAAGAGGACAUCAAGAACGUGAUCCAAGACCUCUUCCAGGUCAUGGUCCAAGUCUCCAACUACGACGCCGCCGGCCGCCCAACGCGCGACGUGCUCGCCCAGGACAUCCAGACGCUCGACUCGACGCUGCGCACGCUGCACGCCAACGCGCAGUCGCUGCCCGUCCCGUCGGCGGACAAGCCGAUCCCGGAGCCGCUGAUCCACUACGUGGAGAACGGGCGGAACCCGGACAUCUACACGCGCGAGUUCGUCGAGCUCGUCCGCCGCAUGAACCAGCUCGCCCGCGGCAAGAUGCACGCCUUCCGCCACUUCCGCGACGUCCUCGCCCGCGAGAUGGCCAGCGCCCUGCCCGAGGUCCGCGCCGACAUCGACCGCGUCCUCGACGCCACCGGCGGCCCCACGAGCUCCUCGACGACGACGACGACGACGACGGCGGCGGCGGCGGCGGCGGCCGAGGGUGAGUCCGGAGCGAACAACACGGGGGCGGGAGCGCCGGGCGAGACCGUGCAAGGAGGAGGAGGAGGACGAUGAAUGUUUCGAGUGGGAAUCGAAGUAGGCCUGUGUCUCUGGUUAAGAGGGGAGUGAGUGACUUGGAAAGGUGGGGGAUGGAUCUGGCUUCAUUGGCGUUCAUGGAGUAAAAGAGCA